GGAGGAGACACAGCGGGGCUCAGGGGCUGAACGGCAGCAUCACUUCCCAAAGUUUUCGGUUAUUUCCUGGAGUCGAACCAUCAACCUGCCGGGUUUGUUUACGUUGUGCGGCUCAGCCGUGUGUAUGCGCUCUGUCCGUCAUUUCCGACCCGACGCGCUCCAGCUCUCCGGCUGGUGUUCACAGAUUCGGCUCCGCGAGUAGAAUGUUACCGAGCCAGGUUGGGUCGGCACUAUCCGGGAACGGCUCAGCUUCGGGCAGGGGAACCACAGGGCACGGCGCGGGGGUUGUCGGGAGCGGGAUCCGUCCCGUUUUGGUGAGAGCAGGGCAAGCUUUACAGGGGGUCGGCGAGUGCGCUGCCGGGCGACAAGGGGAGAGAGACGCCAUCGGGAUGCUGGGGGCUAACGGUCCUGGGGGUCCGAGAGGUAUGCGGCCGGGGAACGGGACAGGCGUGACCUCCCUGCAGAGCGCCGUGCAGGGGAGCAUGGUGGGGAUGAACGCGGGGGUCGUGAUGCCGCACGGAGCGCGGUUCGACCCGGACAGAGAGAGCGCUCCGCUGUGCAGCGGCUCGGAUAACGACUCGGACUCCGCGGAGGACGACGACCCCGUGGGUUCACUCGGGGACAGCAGGAGAGGGGUGAAGCGGGAGAGAGGGGAGAUGGAGGCGGCGGUGACGGGACAGGAGGUGGGAGUAGCUCCCGGAGGUUACGGCAUGGUGCCCGGUGGGGUCGCGGGGGCGAAGCCGGGGAAGAAGACACGUGGGCGCGUCAAGAUAAAGAUGGAAUUUAUUGACAACAAGUUGAGACGGUACACGACUUUCAGCAAGAGGAAGACUGGGAUCAUGAAGAAGGCGUAUGAGCUCUCCACCCUGACAGGAACCCAGGUUCUGCUGCUCGUGGCCAGUGAAACGGGUCAUGUUUACACUUUUGCCACUCGCAAGCUCCAGCCGAUGAUCACCAGUGAAACAGGCAAAGCCCUGAUCCAAACAUGCCUCAACUCGCCGGACUCGCCGCCACGAUCUGACCCGUCCACGGACCAGCGCAUGAGUGCCACGGGCUUCGAGGAGACGGACCUCACUUAUCAGGUGUCGGAGUCAGAGAGCAUGGGGGACACAAAGACUUGUUUUUGUUUUUUCUCCUCCCAGGAUUCACUGAAGCCGACGUUCACGGUGGCCAGCCUUCCAGGCAGCACCCAGUCCACAGUACCCACCACCUCCACCACCAUGCAGGUGAGCAGCGGAGCUUCGUUUCCCCUCACCAACUACUUGGCGCCUGUCUCGGGCAGCAACAUCAGCGCCAACGGCACCGUCCUCAAGGCCGCCGGUGGCUCCACAGGGGUCAUGCAGCUGCCCGGUGGCUUCACCUUCAUGCCUGCAGGCACACCUCUCCCCCCUGGCACCCCCACCAUUCCUCUGAGCCAGCUGCAGCAGCACUCCCUGGCCCUCCAGGGGCAGCAUGGUCAGACCCUGGCCUCCGCCCAGCAUCCACAGCAGGGACAGCAGGCUGUCUUCCGCUUCCCUGCUGCUGUCUCCCUCACAGGAGCAGGCGUUCCCCAGCAGCUUCAGGCUAUCCAGGUCCACCAAAACAGCUCUGAACACAACCAAGAGAUCUCCCACUCCUCCACAAACUCCACCGCAACGGUGAGUCUCCCAGCAACCAUCGUCACCUCAUCAAUCCCAACGUCGGUGGCGGGUCACAUGAUGUACCCCAGCCCGCACACUGUAAUGUACGCCUCUACCCCGGGGCUGACCGACGGGGGGCUGGCCGUGCUCAACGCCUUCUCCCAGGGCACCUCAGCCAUGCAGGUGUCCCACGCACAGGGUCAAGAUGGAGGUGGUGUCCCUCAGGUGUUCCUCACGGCACCUCCCGGCACAGUACAGAUCCCUGUCUCUGCGGUGCAGCUUCACCCAGUACGGCAAGAUCUGCAUUUUACAAAUGGUGAUUGGUCAGCAGUCGAGCGGCAGCAGCAGUAACCUGACAGAGCUGCAGGUGGUGAACCUGGACGCGGCACAGAACUCGAAGAGCGACUGACAGACGGCUGGAGCUGUUUAACACAGCAACACAGACAGACAUCUCUAUUUAUUGAUGCCUUCCUACAGAGUUUCCCAUCACACUUCUGAAUGUGACUUUUUAAGUAUAUAUUAUACACAUACACACAAACACACACAAUCAAUCAAUCAAGGGCAUAUGUGUGGCUGACCCUUAUACAGUAUUCAGUAUGUUUUGGUAUAUAAAUAUAUAUAUAUAUUCGCAGAUGCAUAGGAAAAGUAUCACUACACCCAUCAUCGGAACCUGUUUUUAUGCCGUUAGAUGGUGUCUUCUUUAUUUUUUUUGUGUGUGCGUGUGGUUUUUGAGAGUGUAAUUAUGUGUACACACACAGCGAGGUGCCACAGCUUCACACCAGCCAAAGAGACAUUUGUUUGUCUGAAUGUUCCAGUGUGAGCAAUUUGUGCACAAGUGUGUGUGUCUGUGUGCACGUGCAUAUCAGUUUGUAAAUGGGGCGGGGAGAUGCUUGUUGACAGAAGAAAAAAACAGUGAAAAAAACAUUUUUUGAAAUGUACAUAUUUUUUUUUUAUUGAUGACUUGUAUUUUUAGCCUGGUUUAGUUUGUGCAACAGCAUGUAGUUGUUUUUUACGUAGUGGUUUUUGUAUGUACAUGAAAAUUGUUUGCAUAAUGAAAAUGAAUUAUUUACAUGUAUAUGUAAAUUACUUUAAUAUACCUUUAUAUCUUG